AUGGUCCUCGACUCGUCGUGGAACGAAACGACCCAGGCGUUUGGGCACAAGGUUCGUGGCUAUUCUGUCAUUGUUAAGUGCGCUCUGUUGAUAAAUUGUUAAUUAUACGUUCUGAGGAAAAACUAUCCAACAAAAAGUUGGUAUUUUUUUCUUUCUAAAAAAAUAAUUUUUUUGAGUUAAAGGGGCUAUUUUAUCACUUUGAAAUGUGCUCUAUUGACAAAUCUCAUCAUUAUUCCUUUGAGAAAGUACUGAAAUUCAAGAAAAAAAUUCAAUAAAAAAAUUAUUCCAAGACGUAUUUUUUUCAACGUUUCUCGUUUCAUUGAAUUUAACUUUGUUUCGCGGCUAUUUUUUGAGUUUCAAGUGUGCUCCAAUGAUAAUUAUGGCUGAAAGGCUUGUUAAAAUCUGGUAUACAGGCGAUUCGGUCGAAAAAUACUUCAAAUUUUUUUUUUGGUUAUUCCUAUAAUCGGUCGGAAGGAAAAAACAAACUUCAAGGCUGUUUUCUGAUUUCUAAAAGUGCUCUAUUGAUAAAAUACGCUUAUAUGGUUCUGAGAAGGUCUCCUCACCUAGCAUUUACUUGAAAACAGCUCUGUAUAAAUAUUUACCGAGUUUUUGGUUGAAAGGUUUUGUCAAAAUUGAGCUUGUUACACGGCGGUUUUUCAUUUUUCAAAGUUGCUCUGUUGAUAAUUUUGAGUAAAAUCCUCCCUAAAAGGUUAAUUUUUCAGAGAUUCCACUCAGAAACAGCUCAAAAGGGUAUUCACAGUGUUUUUUCUGGUUCCAGUUGUUUUCCUAAGAUUCCUUCCAUUUCGGAGGCCAUUUUUUGGUUGUAAAAUGCGCUCGGUUGAUAAUUGGAGGGAAAAAUUGUUAGGAUAUGUUUUAUUGAACCGAAAUUGGAACCUCAGUGUCAAGAUGAUGUAAGAAAAAACAAUUUUUGGUUGUUUCGUUGAAUUUUUCCACUGACCGGCUAUUUUGUGGUCUUAAAACGUGCUCGGUGGAUAAUUAUGGUGGGAAAUCUCAAAAUAAAGCUUCCUUGGAACUAUUUUUCUGGUUUUUGAUUGAUUUCUUGGGCUCGAUUUGGCUUGGAUUCAAUAAACCCUCAAAAUACCCAAUUAAAUUUGAACCACUUGUGAAAAAUCUAAUUAUUUUUCAUUCUUCAGAGAUCAUAGAACCAGACGGAAUUUCAUGGAAAUUCAAUUUUUCGGUAAAUUUGUAUUCCCUUUGUUUUAUUUUUCAGUUUGACGCACAAAAAAUGAAUACAAAUGCGUGUUUUCCCGGAAAAAUAACAUUGAAAGGAAGAAAAUACCGGAAAGGGCGCUCCAUUGACAAUUAAUCCUUGGAGAAGAUUCCAGGAGCCGAAAACCGAGAAAAGGUUGAGAAAUUAAUGAUUAUUACUGGAAAACAUUGAAAACAUCAUAAAUAUACGAUUCAUAGGUAAAUUUAGAAGGGAAUUCGGCUAACAGAGCUGGAAAAAAACGGAAACUUUGAAAAUUAUCAAUAGAGCUAACUUGAGGAAACAUAAAAAGCCGUUAAAUUUUUUUGGAAACCUUGGCUGGAUUUUUCAAUUUUUUUGACAUUUUUCCAGUUGAUUACAGUAAUCUUGGGCUAGAAAUAUCCAUGGAGCACAUGUGAACCAGAAAAAAAUUGAAAAAUUAUCAAUAGAGCUAACUUGAGGAAACAUAAAAAGCCGUUAAAUUUUUGGAAACCUUGGCUGGAUUUUUCAAUUUUUGACAUUUUCCAGUUGAUUACAGUAAUCUUGGGCUAGAAAUAUCCAUGGAGCACAUGUGAACCAGAAAAAAAUUGAAAAUUAUCAAUAGAGCUAACUUGAGGAAACAUAAAAAGCCGUUAAAUUUUUUUGGAAACCUUGGCUGGAUUUUUCAAUUUUUUUGACAUUUUCCAGUUGAUUACAGUAAUCUUGGGCUAGAAAUAUCCAUGGAGCACAUGUGAACCAGAAAAAAAUUGAAAAUUAUCAAUAGAGCUAACUUGAGGAAACAUAAAAAGCCGUUAAAUUUUUUUGGAAACCUUGGCUGGAUUUUUCAAUUUUUUUGACAUUUUCCAGUUGAUUACAGUAAUCUUGGGCUAGAAAUAUCCAUGGAGCACAUGUGAACCAGAAAAAUUGAAAAUUAUCAAUAGAGCUAACUUGAGGAAACAUAAAAGCCGUUAAAUUUUUGGAAACCUUGGCUGGAUUUUUUUUUUUUCAAUUUUUUUGACAUUUUCCAGUUGAUUACAGUAAUCUUGGGCUAGAAAUAUCCAUGGAGCACAUGUGAACCAGAAAAAUUGAAAAUUAUCAAUAGAGCGAACUUGAGGACACAUAAAAGCCGUUAAAUUUUUGAAAACCUUGAACUGGAUUUUUUUUUUUCAAUUUUUUCGACUUUUUCCAGUUUAUUACAGUAAUGUUAACCUAGAGUUAUCAAUACAGCACAUGUGAACCUGAAAAAAUUGAAAAUUAUCAAUAGAGCGAACUUGAUGAAACAUAAAAGCCGUUCAAUUUUUGGAAACUUUGGCCGGAUUUUAAAAAUGUUUUUUUGACGUAUGUUUCAGUAACAAACACUAAAUUUGGGGUAGAAUUGUCAAUGGAGCACACAUUAACCUCAAAAAACAGCCACCAUUAUUUCAACGAAAUUUUUGAAUUUUUUUCUUUUUUUUCAGGGUGUUACAUUGACCAUGAAGCUAGAAAAAAACUGAAAAUGGGAAAAAUUAUCAAUAAAGCGAACAUGAGGAAACAAAAAAGCCUUCUGAAAAUAAAAAAAAAGCUUGAGAGAUUUUAAAAUGUUUUUUGACCUUUUUUUCAAUAAUAAACACUAAAUUUGUAUUAGAAUUAUCAAUGGAGCACACAUUAACCUCACAAAAAAGCCUUCGAAGCCAAUUGUUUUUUUUUUCAUGGCGUCACGGCGGCUAGAAGUUCUAGAAAAGAAGAAAAAAGGGAAAAUUAUCAAUAGAGCGAACUUGAGGACACAUAAAAGCCGAUAAUUUUUGCAAAGCUUCAGCUGAGUUUUUUGAAUAUUUUUUGACCUGUUUCCGUAAUAAGCACUGAAAAUGAACUAGAUUUAUCAAUGGAGCACACAUUAACCUCACAAAAAAGCCUUUUUGACAAUUUUUUUUUCAUUCAGGGCGUCACAUUCGUCCAUUUGCUGGCCCUCGGCUCCGGUGCCUGUAAUUGCGUUUUGAAUGCCCUUAUUUGGAUGGCAUUUAUCAAAACGCCGAGAUUACUCCAGAAACAUCAUCUCUACCUUUUCUACUGUCUAGCCGUAACCAAUUUUUUUACAGGUACUUUGAGAAAUUAGUCGUGGUCGCACUUGGAAUGGCUCAAAGUUGUUUUAACUUGGAGUAGAGCCAUUCCAAAUGCGGCCAUGAGAUUUUGAAUUCAGUAUAAAUUUUUAGGGUUUUUCACUCUACCAACUUAUUUGAACCUGAUAAAUCACAACAAUCUGAACUGUCCCCGCUGGUCAAUUUUGAUAGGAUCUAGUGGGUUUUUUUUUCUUAUUUUUGUCAUGUGACUAUCGCUCAGAUCUCCCUUGAUCAUCUACAUUUUCAGGCUUCGAGUUCGCCUUCGACCGGAUCCGACACGUGAUAACUUUGGCUAUCGCGUUGGAGCGAAUUUACGCGCUUUUCUGCCCCGGCGAGUAUUUUUUCCUGGACCAUCAAUGGGUAUACCAUUGCUCAUGUUAGCUCAUAAUUUCUGAGAGUUGCAGAUCGCCAUCAAAGUUUGUACGAUCGCGGCCGUGUGGGCAGUCUUCGAUAUGGCUUUUCUGAUAGUUGAGGACAAUAUUUUCAUGGUUGGUUUGUUUCUCAUACUAGCUGAGACUAGGCCUUUUUCUAGCAGAGUUUUUGUAUCAAUAGGAUGACCAUUUUCUAAAAAAUGGGGUUACUGUAGGAUUAUUCUAUUAUCUUACUGUAGAGGUUGGCUUGUUGCUCAUUCUAGCCGAGAUUAGAAGGGCUCUGGGCAUUUUUCUAGCAGGGGUGUUGUAUCAAUAGGAUGACGAGUUUCCGAAAAAUUUGGGCUUACUGUAGGAUUAUUUUGUUAUCUUACUGUAGAGGUUGGUUUGUUGCUCAUUCUAGCUGAGAUUAAAAGGGCUCUAGGCAUUUUUCUAGUGGGAGUUUUGUGUCAAUAGGAUGAAGAAUUUCCAAAAAAAUUGGGGUUACUGUAGGAUUAUUUUGUUCUCUUACUGUAGAGGUUGGUUUGUUGCUCAUUCUAGCUGAGAUUAGAAAGGCUUUGGGCAUUUUUCUGGUAGGGGUGUUGUGUCAAUAGGAUGACGAAUUUUAAAAAAAUUUGGGGUUACUGUAGGAUUAUUCUGUUAUGAUUACGGUAGAGAGGGCUUGAGUUUUUUAAUGAGAUUUCUAAAAGUUCAUUCUCUAAGGUCUCAAGGAUUACUGUAUUCUCUGAGAAAAAGAUCAUUUUUCGAACCCAGCGCAUCCCUAAUUGCUGAGAAUUAUUUAUCAAUGGAGCGCGUUUUAAAAGGUUCGACCAGUGACGAAUUCAUUCAGAGCCGUUAGGACAUUAAUUAAUGAUUAAUUAUCGCUCGAGCAUAUUUGACGAGUAAUGAGGGAAAAUUAGGAGUAGGUAUCUUUAAAAGACAUUCAGGGACAUGAGAAAAGAUGUAAAAGAGAUAUUUUGGGAAUUUUUAUCGUUAGAGCGAAUUCGAGGGAAAAAUUGAGCUGCGAUGAGGAUAUUAUUGAUUCUCUACGAAAAGGAAUGAUGAGAGAGACAAAAAUAAUCGAAAAGCAUAUAAUUUUCAGUUUUUUGUCAAUAGAGCGCACUUGCGCCUUAAUAACGACUAAAAUUUGUUUUUUGGUCCCAUUUUCGGCGGUUAUAAAAACUACCGAUUUUUACUUGAAAUAUGUUUGAAAAAUUAAUCUUAUGAUUUUUGUCAAUAGAGCACAUUUGCGCUUAAUAAACGGCCAAAAUAAGUUUUUUGACUCAUUUUUGGUGGCUGUUUGUUCAAGGCUUCCUGAAGCAAACUUAGAAAUUCAUGAGAAGCUCAACGGGCCUUCAGGAAAAAGUACGAUUUUUGUCCGUGGAGCGUACAUGCGCUUGAAAAACGGCCAUAAUUAGUUGAACUUUUUUCUGGUUUAUUUUGGCGGCUUUUUCUUCAAGGCUUUCUUUAGUGAAUCUAGAAGUUGGAAAAUUUGAGAAAUAUUCAUUAUCACCUAAAAAAAUGUUGAAAAAAACGAGUAUUUUUUUACGAUUUUUUUGUCCGUAGAGCGCACAUGAAAAAAAGUUCAUUUUUUUGGCGGCGAUCAAAGCUCUCCGAAGCGAAUUCGGAUCUUCACAAGUAGCCUCUAAAGUGUCUAAUGAUAUUAAAUUAUUAAAAAAAUAAACUUUCAUCACAAAAAUCAUCGGUUUCUAGGUCCGAGUCCACUGCGUGACGACCUCCUCAUCUGGCCCAAUCUUCCAUGUUUAUUUUCUCAUCGCUACGAUUGCUUUUGGGGUUUUCCUGUCCCUCGCUUAUUCCGUCUUCAUCAGCAAGCUCUUCAUCCUCCGUGGAACCCAGCUGAUCAACCGGAAAAGCUUGUGUCGGGAGAAUUUUCAUCAGGUAUGGUUUUUGAAGUUUUUAUUCGUUUUUCCCGAGAAAAAUUGGAUUUUUCUGAAUUUUUUUUUGAGUUCAAAGGGUGCCUUGAUGCUUUUAAAACGUUCUAAGAAAUCUAGAUUAAAUUUUUGAUUUUAUAGCGCUCUGAGGAACGUCAAAGUGGUCCCUAUGGGGGUUUAGGGCCGAACUCCUGAGUCUCCAAAGCUCAAGUGGUUCUUAUAGGGGUUACUGGAAAAAAACAGCCUCUAUAGGGGGACAUAAAAAGUAUCGUGGUGAAAUUCAAGUGUUCCCUAUAGGAUUUAUUAAAGAAACAGCCCCUAUAGGGGCCAAAGGGCGUUGGUAAAAUUCAAGUGCUCCGUUUAGGGGGUUUAAGGCCGGACCCUUGAGUCUCGAAAGCUCAAGUGGUCCCUAUAGGGGUAAGGUAUAAAACAGACAAAAAAGAGCCCUCUACAGAAGCAAGGGUGGUCACUAUAGGGUUCACAAUCUGAUCCUUGAGCCCCUAAACUUCAAGUGGUCCCUAUAGGGUCUCUUAAUUUUUGUUCAGAUCUGAAAAUUCAGGAGAUAAACUUUAUGAAAUCAUCCUCUGUUGAUGUUUUUGAUCAAAUAAUGAUAAUAGGCUUUAAAAAUUAUUUGCCUUGUACCAUUUUAUGUGUUCAUCUUCAUAGUAACUUUUAAGACAGGUUUAGGAUAAAUUUUCAGAAAAGAAAAGUUGGAAUUUUGGGGAGUUAGAAGUUUCACCCAAAGUUUUUGAACUUCCAAAAGUCUCAACCAAUUUUUUCACAGUAAUCUGAGUAAAAAUUCAAAAUGUUUAGCUUGUUAGUGCUAAUUUAGGCUUUUCGUGCGAUUUUCAAGAAAAAAAUCCACUUGAAACACAAUUUUCGAGUGUCCAGCAACUUCUUGAGUAUCACUUGUAAUUUUUAAAUUUACAAACCUGGAACCAGAAUUUUUCCAGGUAAAUUCCUUAACAGUGGCUGUAAUUCUGAUGGUCGUGAUAUUCAAUGUUCUACCGAGUUCGCUCUACCUUUGCGAUAUGAUUUUGGGGAAGGUUGGUUUUUUUAAAGCUUCUGAGAGAACUGUAAAAGUUCUAAAGAAGGAAAAAUGACGACUAAUUGCAUUUUCUAAGCCCUCACAUUAUUUUAAAGCAUAUUUUGACUUUUUUCAACAGUUUUAGCAGCUCUAGGGGACAUUAGGAAAUCGAAAAAUCCCAAUAAAUUAUCAAAAUUGAUUCAGAAUGAAUAAAAAAUCAAAAAUAGCUUCAAAACUUCGAAAUUUUCCAGGUCCACUUCAUGAAAUGGGGCCCAAUAAUCACGAUUGGAUACCAUUUUUCUGGGAUCCUCUCCUACUUUUUCUACAGCUACAAGCACAGGGAGAUCCGAGCGGCUUUGAAGUUGGUUUUUAAAAAAUUUCCAUGCAUCAAAAUUUUUUUUAGUAAACUUUACCCGAUCCACAAAAUCACCAGCAAGAAGCAUUGGAGCCCCCAAAAACAGCAAAAAAUGGUGAGCUACUUUUUUUCAGUACAAAUCCUCAUUUUAUCGAUUUAAGUCCGCCCCAUCGCUAAUCACCCUGAAGGAUGGGGAUCCCGAUAAAACGGCCAGCGGCGAGAUUUUCUUGUAA